AUGGGUAGUGUGAGGGAAUGGUACAUGCGUCCCUUUCCAGGGAGGAAUUGUCCCCUUGUAGUGAAUCUUUAUGCUAAGCUGGGCCUUCAUCGUCACAAUAUGUUGGAGGGGACUAAGUUGCAGCUUCUUGGAAUAGAGAAAUACAAUAGACGUGGCAUGAACAUGCCUGCCUCGUAUUUUAUAACUUCGCGUGCAUACGAUCAUGCUACAACUUCCCUUGUAGCUUUUCAGACUCAAGUUGACGAAGAAGAAUAUAACACUAAGAAUGUCACAUGUCACAUAGCCAGACAUAAAAAGACAGUUUUCUACAUAACAUAUUAUCAUUACAUGGGCAAGGGUAAGGUUUGCAAACGCUUUUGUCUCGUGGACUCCGGCGUAAGAGGAAACUCUGCAUGUGGCUGA